AUGCCGCGCGUUAUGAUCUGCGGUGACCUCGUCUGGGCGCACAAGGAGUGCGAAGGCAUGUUCAAGGGCGUCGCGGAUGUGAUCGUCAUGGACGCCAAAGACCGGGCAACGCUCUUCGCAGGUCUCGCCCCCGGUGGCAAGUACGAUGGCAUCAUCGGCAUCUACAGGCACAACACCUCCGCGGACCGCAUCGGCGUCUUCGACAAGGAGCUCAUCGCGAGUCUUCCCGCGAGCGUGAAGUGGAUCGCGCACAAUGGUGCUGGGUAUGACCAGAUCGACGUCGCGGCGUGCAAGGAGCGCGGCAUCACCGUCUCAAACACCCCGGGCGCCGUCGACGACGCCACGGCCACCGCCGGCCUCUACCUCAUGAUCUCCGCCAUGCGCCUCUUCGCCCACGCCGAGCAGGACCUCCGCGCCGGCAAGUGGAAGUCGGGCCACCGCCCCGGCGCCGCGUUCGACCUCACCGGCAAGACGCUCGCCAUCCUCGGCCUCGGGGGCAUCGGCCUGCGCCUCGCCGAGCUCGCGCACGCGUUCCCGAUGCGCGUCGUCUACCACAACCGCCGCCCCGUCGCGCACGCGCCGGCGUGGUGCGAGUACUUUGGCGCCGACCGCGUGGACGAGAUGCUCGGGCUCGCGGACGUGCUGAGCGUGCACAUCCCGCUCCGCCCGGACACGGAGGGCUUCGUGGGCGAGACGAUGAUCCGGAAGCUGAAGAAGGGCGCCGUGCUCGUGAACACCGCGCGCGGGAAGGUCAUCGACGAGGCGGCGAUGAUCCGCGCGCUCGAGGACGGGCAUUUGGGCGCGGUGGGUCUGGAUGUGUUCCCCGACGAGCCGGAGGUGAACCCGCGCUUGCUGGAGUUCCCCAACGCGGCACUCCUCCCGCACAUGGGCACGGAGACGUGCGAUUCGCAGAAGAAGAUGGAGAUCCGCGCGCUCUCCAACCUCCUCGAUUUUGUGACCAAGGGCAAGGGCACGGACAUCAUCCCGGAGCAUGCACAGAAGGCGAAGCUGUAG